CUCUGGAAGAUUGGAAUUAUCGGAGGGACAGGUCUGGAUGAUCCUGAGAUAUUAGAAGGUCGAACAGAGAAACACAUUGAUACGCCAUACGGAAAGCCAUCUGAUGCACUGAUUUCAGGAAAGAUAAAAAACAUUGACUGUGUGCUUCUAUCCAGGCAUGGGAGGCAUCAUUCUAUCAUGCCAACAAAUAUCAAUUUCCGUGCCAAUAUGUGGGCACUAAAAGAAGAAGGUUGCACUCAUCUAUUAGUGACGACUGCCUGUGGUUCAUUACGGGAAGAGAUUCAGCCCGGAGAUCUUGUUAUAAUUGACCAGUUCAUAGACUGGUAAGUGGGGGUGGGGUGAAAUCUGGUUCUGUGUAGAGUUAGAACUAAUAGGAAAUAGAAUCAAGUCUUAAUAUGGCAAGAGAUUCUGCUAACUUUGAUACCAUUCCAAAAAUCGACUUCUGUCAAAUGCAUUAAGUGCUAUUUUUAAUCAGUAAUGGCUAGCACAUUGUUUUAUUCCAAGAAGAGAGCUAACCUCUCAUGCAGAAGUAUGUACAGGAAGAGGAGGAGAGGUCUCAGGGGAUUAAGAAACUGCCGUACAUUUCUCCAUAUCACUGUACGAUGAUACCCCACCCCAGAAAAACAAUCCAUCAUGCUGCCUUACUUAUUGAAAGACUUCUGUCCUUUGGCAGCGUUGAAAAAGUAUCGGGCUGCCUUCCUAUUUGUCUUUCUCUCCUUCUUAGAGAACAAAAUGUCUUGGAUAAGUCUAUUCUGCUGAGAUUCCCCAGCUCUUCCGCCAAGUUCGCAAGAAAGGAAA